CAUAUCCAUAGCCGCCAACUACAACAAAACUUGUAAAAAAUAAUAUAUACUCCAAUAAAUACAUCAAAUAAUAAUCGUCUUAGUAAUUUUAAUUUUUAUAAUUUAAAUUAUUCUCGCGGUACGGUUUUAACUGUUUUUUUUUUUUACAUCUGCCGGACAAAUGUAAAUAUGUUUGUUAACGAGACUGCUUAGCUCGUUGUGUUAUUAAUGUUUUGCUCGUUUUUGUGUUGUUGGAAACCUUGAAGUUUGCAAUGGAUUCUCCAAGUACUAGGGCGACUUCGAUGGUACCGCCACCAGCGUAUCCACCUCCAGCCCAAAUGGGCUUUACACCCGGUGCUAUACCUCCAGGUUUUUUAGCGGCAGCACCGAUGGGUAUUGGUCCACCAGGAAUCCCUCCUCCGUUCAUGCCUCCGUAUAAUAUGAGUAUGCCCGGUGAAAUUGUUGGUGCUCCAGUUACGUUUGCAAAUGCAGUUCCACAAUCAAAAAAUGAUGAAACUAAACCUGCAAGUGAUUGGACAGAACAUAAGGCUCCCGAUGGCCGAUCUUACUAUUAUAAUUCGGUUACUAAACAGAGUUCUUGGGAAAAACCAGAUGAGCUUAAGUCUAAAACUGAGGUUCUCUUAGAUCAGUGCCCAUGGAAAGAGUAUAAGUCAGAUACUGGUGCUAUUUACUACCACAACCUUAAUACGUCAGAAUCUAGUUGGACAAUACCUGCUGAACUCGAUGAGUUGAAAAAAAAAAUUGCUGCUGAACAAGGAAUUAGUCAAGCUCCUCUGAUACAACAGCCAAUAGAAAUUCCAUUGGAAAGAGGAUCCGAUAAUUUAGAUGCUGGAUCAGCGAUGGAUCAAGCAAUGGCGGCUACUUUAGCGUCCAUAGCUGUUCCGGAUGAAGGGAGACCUGUAAAUAAUAUUUCCAGUAAAGGAUCGAAAUCUAAACACCAAGUGCCUGAAGUUCCAAUAUUAAAAAGUAAACAAGAACUUAUAGAAGCAUUUAAAGAUCUUUUAAAAAGAAAAAAUAUUCCAAGUAAUGCAUCGUGGGACCAAACGGUGAAAAUAAUCAGUCGCGAUCCUCUUUAUCCUCAAGUGAAAAAACUCAAUGAAAAAAGACAACUUUUUAAUGCAUAUAAGACUCAAAAACAAAAGGACGAAAAGGACGAGCAUCGGCUAAAAGCUAAGAAGGCCAAAGAAGAUUUGGAAAAGUUUCUAAUGAAAAAUGAAGAUGUUACGUCCAAGACUAAAUACUAUAGGUUAGAAGAAAAAUAUGAACAUUUAGAUAUAUGGAGAAAUGUUUCUGAAAUAGAUCGUCGAGAUGUAUAUGACGAUGUUAUGUUCAACUUGGCUAAAAGAGAAAAGGAAGAAUCCAAAAUUCAGAAAAAGCGUAACAUGAAACAAUUAGCGGCGGUUUUAGACUCGAUGACUAUAGUAGACCAUACGACUACUUUGCAUCAAGUACAAGAAAUGUUGCUCCUCAAUCAAACUUUUGUAAAUGAUCCUCAUUUGUUAGCAAUGGAAAAAGAAGAUGCACUCACUGUAUUCCAAGAUCACAUUCGAGAAUUAGAGAAGGAAGAAGAACACGAUAAAGAAAGAGAAAGGCGACGAAGAAAACAACAGGAACGAAAAAAUCGCGAUAAUUUUGGAAUGUUUUUGGAGGAACUUCACCAACAAGGAAAAUUAACAUCAAUGUCUUUGUGGAAAGAACUCUAUCCAAUUAUAAGCACUGAUAUAAGAUUUUCAGCCCUUCUCGGUCAGCCAGGUUCAACGGCAUUGGAUUUGUUUAAAUUUUACGUCGAAGACCUCAAAUCAAGAUUCCACGAAGAGAAGAAAAUCAUCAAAGAUAUCCUUAAAGAACAUUCAUUUUUUGUUGAUAUUAACACAACCUUCGAAGAAUUUGCUCGAGUUGUGUGUCUGGACAAACAGUCGGAAACUUUGGAUGCAGGAAAUGUAAAAUUGACAUAUCACGGAUUGGUCGAAAAAGCGGAAGCGAGGGAAAAGGAAAGAUUACGAGAAGAAACUAGGAGGCAACGUAAACUAGAAACUGCUUUUCGUGCAUUACUCAAAGAAAUGGAUGUGGAUUACAAAUCUGAUUGGGACGAACUUCGCCCGAAAAUUGAAAACGAUCAAGCAUUUCAAGCUAUAAAUUUAGAGUCUGAAAGACUUCGUAUUUUUAAGGAAUUCCAAGUCGAUACUGAAGAAGUUUGUAAUCAUCACCAUUCUAAAAUGAAAAAAUCGAAAAAAAAUAAGAAACACAAAAAAAAGUCUAGAUCACAAUCAUUGGAAUCCAGUGAUUCAGAUUAUAAGCAAAAAAAGAAAGUCAAAGAAGAUACACCUGAAAUUAGUGAUACUGAAAGUCGAAAACGAAAGUAUAAAAAGUCAAAGAAAAAAAGAUACUCGGAGAGCCCUCGAACUAGAUCACGCUCUAGGUCCCAGAGUUUGAAAAAAAUGGACGUGGAUGAAAUAAAAACCAAGAAAAAUCAUAAAUCCUCUGAACUAAGCGAUGAUGAUUUAGAAGCAAAAAGAAAAGCGUUGCUUGCUCAAUUGCAUGACGAAAUGAAUUAAAUUAAGCAUUUUUAUGUACAUAUUGUCCUAGGUAAUAUGUUUUACACACCAUUUGAUUUAUUUCUUGAAUAAAUUGUAUUAAUUAGUAA